CCACGCACAACGGCACAAUGGAUUUUAGAUAGGCAACGCACCAAUCAUAUCCCUUGAAGCAUACACGUGUCGUGUGGAGAAUGAGUAUCCAAGCCCCAGCACAGGAAGAAUAUCGCAACGCCGGAAACUGGAAAAAGGAGAAAAGCUGGGGGGAAAAAAGACAGUGGUAGCCAAUCCAAGUCAAACAAAACUGAGGAGGAGAAAGAGCGUUAGCCGGGGAUAGAGAAGAGCCAGAGCCGAGAGUGUAAGCAAGCCCCCCCACCCCCCUCGCCUCUCUCAACCACGCAAUCCCUUGAAAUCCCAUGUCGGCGACGAUGUACGCGGCGGCUGCUACGGCGGCUUCCCCCACUUCCCUCCUCCUUCCUGGCGUCUCCGCCGUCAGAACGGCGCGCUGCUCUUUCUUACCUCUCCUUCCACCUCGCUGCCCCUCCCGCUUCUCGCCUGCUUCCGUCAAAGUGCUCUCAGGUACUUCGUCCGAUUGUUACUUGGCCCAGUUGCCAUGGUUCAUCUGUUUGCUAGAUGUACGUUUUGGGAAUUCUGUGCGAGCAUUUGCCAACUCGCCUAGUUCAGACAGAGGUUGGAAUUCUGUUUCCUGAAAAAUCAGGAUAAUUAUCAAUUGAAACCUAUCAGACGGGGGGGUUGGUUUCUUCUGGCCGUUUGUGAUGAAUAGUUUUUUUUUUUUUUUUUCCUUCUGUGAGUCCAUUCUUUAUGAUUGAAAGCAAUGUGCAUUUGUUCUUGCGGCGCUACCGAAUGCCAAUAUGUUAGGGCGGGGGAAUCAAGCUCUUGUUUGAGCCAUUUUUUUCUUUUGGGUGGGAGUUGUUCGAGCCAUUGAUUUUUUUAUAAUGAGUUUUAGUACCUUUGUUAGAGUGGCAAUUAGGAAAACUUGGAUAUUGGUAGUUGAUAUGGAAGUAGGCAUGAGGAUGAUAUAUGCUAACUGAAGUAGUAUUUUCCCUUUCACCUAUGAAUACCUACAUGCCUAUUGUUUCUUCUUCAUCCGAAGCAGAGUCCUCCAGGGUUUCUCUGCUCCAGACCAGAGCCACCUCUUCAGAUGAGACCUCCACCUCGGUCGAUACUAAUGAGAUCUUCACUGAUCUGAAGGAGAAGUGGGAUGCAGUUGAGAACAAGUCCACCGUGCUUCUCUAUGGAGGUGGGGCAAUAGUUGCUGUUUGGCUAUCAUCCAUUGUUGUAGGUGCCAUCAACUCUGUGCCUUUGCUCCCCAAGAUCAUGGAGUUGGUUGGCCUUGGCUACACCGGAUGGUUUGUCUACCGAUACCUCUUGUUCAAGGUAAGGGAUUGUAGUAACAACCCCCGAGUUGGUUAACUACUUGGCCUUGACGUUUCCUACAGAAACUACUUCUGAUUGUAUCAGUAUGGUUAAUAACACCUUCUUUCUUGUACUUGUCAGCAAAGCAGGAAAGAACUGGCUACAGACAUCGACACAUUGAAGAAGAAGAUUGCUGGGUCAGAAUAAGAUCCAAGUUAAUGAAUGCCAAGAAGAGACAAGUAAAUGUAUCUUUGAUCUUUUUUCGAUAUGUUUGCAUGGUGAGGAAUCACGUCUGUUAUAUGGUGUAGUAAAAUGUGGAGUAUAGGGUUACCUAUGACUGGAAUUCAUGCGACCUAAGUGUUACCCCAUUGUUGUAUUUCGCUUUUCUCGAUCUGUAAUAAAAAAUAAUGGAGAUUUCAUGGAAGCGUUCAGUUCA